AUGGGUGCUGCUGUUCGUCCCAAGCUCCUGGUGCGCCAGGCGCUUCUGCUGCUGCUGCUGCUGCUGCAGUGCAGCAGCAACGGAGUAGAGGCGGCGCUACUCUUCCGUCUGUCCCAAUCAGUGCGACAGCCGCUGCUGAGUUUUGUUGCUGCUCCUGCUAGCUGCUGCUGCUCCUUCAAGAGUCAGCAGCUGCGGUCAAUACAGCAGCAUCAGCAGCAGCAGCGGCAGCAGCAGCAGCAACCUCUAUUCGCUGCGGCCCUGGUAACUCCGUCUGCUAAAUCGGCACAAACCGGCGGCAGCCGAAAGCGGCGCAAGGAGAGCAGCAGCAGCAGCAACAGCAGCAAUAGCAGCAGCAGCAGCAGCAGCAGUUGGUUUGACUUAUUGGGGCAGCCUUAUGUAGCAGCAACAGAAGGAGAGCGUGUGCAGCAGCAACAGCAGCAAGCUGCAGCAGCAGCAGCAGACGCAGAUUUUUCUGCUGCUCUUAGAGACGCGCAGGACGAUCCUGAUUGGCCUGUUUUGUUUGGGGUGCAGCAAGAGCAGCAGCAGCAGCAGCAGCAGCAGCAGCAGCAGCAGCAGCAAGAAGAUGAAAAAGGAGAAUCCUUAAGUAAUCUCGUUGGGGGCCUCAUUAAGGCGCUACCCCACACCCACGAUGAGGAUACACUUCUGAGGGAGAUUUCUUCUCUUUCAAGUAUCCCCGUUAGCCGACUGCGGGGGGGCCCCCAAUGGGGGCCUCCUGAAGGUUUAUCUGAGGGGCCCCCCCAUUGGGGGCCCUCUGAGGGCCCCUUUGAGGGUUCCUCUGAGGGGCCCCCCUGGGGGGGCCCUGAGGCGCCCGUGUGGGGAGCCCCUGAGGAGGCCUCUGAGGGGGCCCCUAAGGACCUGCAGCAGUGGCUGAAUGCUGCUGCUGCGUUGCAAGAUGUCCCUGCUGCAGUGCAGCAGCAAGAAGAAAAGGAGACAACAGCAAUGAUGAGGAGUUUGCUGCAGCAAGGGGAGCUUUUGCAGGUGCUGCGCUCUACUCAACAGCAACAACAGCAGCAACAGCAGCAGCAGCAGCAAUGCAGCAGCUGCUGCAGUGACAGUCUUUCUUCUGCUUUAGCAGUAGCAGCAGAGAGACAUGUUAAUACCUAUCGCGGGGGCCCCCAUGGGGCCCCACCGGAGGGAGGGAGAAACGUAUAUGGUGUCUCUCCUAAGCGUCGGUCACGUCAGGGGAUUCUUGGUGCAGCAGCAGCAGCAGCAGAUGCUGCUGCUGCUGCUUGUGCUGCUAUUUUGCGUCCUCUGAGCUGGUGCUGGAGGCGACGAUCCCCCCCGUUAUCUGGAGGAGACACCACCGAUGGCCCCUCUGCUGUUUGGGGCCCCAGAGGGGCCCCCGACGAAGAGGGCCCCACAGGGUCCGCCCUCUUUAACAUGCUGCUGCAGAAGCCCGCGCCGUCAUGGCUGCAGCAGCAGCAGCAACAGCAGCACGGGCAGCAGGAGAUGCUGCUGCUGCAGCCUCAAGAUCAGGCAACCUUAGCAAACCUCCUGUCUGUGGGAACAGCUGCAGCAGCGUUUCUUUUGCCUUCGCAGCCCACAACCAACAGCAGCAGCAGCAGCAUAAACAACAGCUGCAGCAAUAACGGCAGCAGCAGCAGCAGCAGCUGGAGUGCAUCGAUUGACUGGGACGGGCAAGACGAGGCACUCUAUAGCCGUUUGCUGCAGCUGAAGUUGCUGCUGCUGCAGCAGCAAAAGCAGCAGCAGCAUGGAGGCAACUAUCAACACUACUGGCCUCUCCGCAUCGGUGGCGCGCAGUGGGCGCGUUCUAUUGUGCAGCAGUAUGUGUGCCUUGCACAGCAACAGCAGCAGCUACAGCAGCAGCAGCAGCAGCAGCAGCAGCAGCAGCAGCAGCAGAAAUGGCACUUCGAAGCCUCCAGCCUUAUAGGAUUGCCUCAGUUACCGCCUCCUGCUGCCUUUGCUGACCGUUUGCUGCUCUUUGCACACCUACUUUCUCCGCCUCCUCCUCCUGCUGCUGGGCGCAGCACCAGCAGCAGCAGAAGAAGUACAAUCCCUCUUGAUUUAGCUGAGGAGAGACUGCAGCAGCUGCUGCGGCGCAUUGUUGCCUCUCUUGCCUCCCGUCUCUUCUGUCGCUUCCCCCCUGAACAGCAGCAGCAGCAGGUACAGCAGCUGCUGCAGCAGAAGAUGUGGCGGGAUGGUGCUGCUGCACUGAAUGCAGCAGCAGCAGCAUUGGGCAUGGAGAGCAGAGCAACGAAGGAAGUUGCUGCAGCAGCACUGCCGCUGCUGCAGCAGCGUUUGAUAUCUCUUGCGGAGAUGGGGCUGCCUGCCUCAGUCUCGUUUCAGCAGCAGCAGCAGCAGCUGUCUCCGUCUGUCUCCUUGCAGCAGGGCUACGUGCAGCAGCAGGAGCCGCAGCAAGGAGACAGCGCACGCAUCCUAGAAAGUAUGAGAAGUCUUGUAGAAGCAGCACGUGCUGCAGCAGCAGCACUGGUGGGUCCUUCUGCUGCAGCAGAGACACCUGCUGCCAUGGGUAUGCUAGCAGCAAAAAGACUUCUUCCUGCUUUCUUUAAAGCUGCUUUUCAAGAGAAUGCAUGCAUGCAAAUGCAUGCGAAGAUGGGGCUGCUGCUGGCUAACCCUGAAGGGGACAACAGCAGCAAAAGCCAAGAAGGCCUGCCUAGCACAAAAGAGGGUGCAACAGCAGCAACAGCAGCACCAACAGCACCAGCAGCAACAAGGGGGAAUCUUGUUUCUCAGGCAGUAGAAAUGCAGCAGCUGCUAGACUUAAAGCAGCAGCAAUUUAUAUCAGCGCUGCAGUUAGGUCUUCGUUUUGCUGCUGCUUCCCUUUGUUACGUUCUUGACCUUGCUGCUGAUAUAUUUAAUGAAGAUAAAUCAAUACAAGCAGCAAAUCAGCUGCUGCUGCUAGACUACGAUCUGGAGCGUUUGGUGAAGAUAGCGAUGCCUCCUGGAGAUAAUGACGGAGACAGUUUAAAGCUUCAGCAGCUGAUGCUGCUGUAUCUGCGCUUGCAUGCUCUGCUGGGGGAGAGCAGGGAGACAGCAGCAGCAGAGACAGAGGAGGAAUCAGGAGAGAGGUGCAGCAGCUUAAGGUGUCUAGGCACCCUAGAGGACGACAGUGCUGGUGCUGCCUCCCCGUUGCAGCGCCUGCUUAGUGCAGCAACUGCAGCGGACACCGCAACAGAUACAUGGAGAGACACCUCUCAGCGGAGCAGUCUGUCCGCCAAGGCCAGCGAGUACGUGCUGCAGUUGCUGCUGCUGCGGCAUCAGCAACUACAGCAGGAGAAGGGCAGGUCCCCUGCCGCAGCAACAGAAGCUGCUGCUGCCGCUGCUGCUGUAGAGCGGUGGAAGCACCUCACCCGCAUAGACAACAAGCAAGAAGAGGCCAUCAAGUUGCUGCUGCUGCGGCAAGCUCUGCAUGACGGUGCUGCAGCAGCUACCUGUACAUUUGAUCAAGUUAAGAGGCUGCCUCAGCAGCAGCGGCUGCAAGCAAAGCCUCUCUACGCCUUCUACCGCAGGGCUAUGCACAGGCUACAGCAGCUACUGCAGCAAAAGGAGCAGCUAGACACUGCAGCAGCAACAGACACUCUUGCGCUCCAAACCAGGGACGAAGUGCUGCUGCCGACGGCUGCUAGUUUGGGGCUUGCGGAUGCAAGCAAGGCGGUUGCUGCUGCAGUUGAGGUGUACAAACAGGUGUUUGAGGAGGAGACAAAUGCUGCAGCACCAGAGACAGCAGUAGCAGCAGCAGCACGCAGGCAGCGGCUUAGGGCUUGGCGUGCUGCACUCGGCCUUACAGCAGCAGAUGUUGCUGCGUUGCAUGCAGAUGCCUAUAGAGAGUGGUUGCUGCGGGUGGCACGUGAAUCAAUUGACCCUGAAGGCGGAUGGACGUCGCAUGCAGCAGCACUUGUAAAAGAAGCAGCAGGAAAUGUUGAUCUCCCCGAGGCAGGGGCAGAAGGGAUCGUGAAGGAGGCGAAAGCAACACAUGCCGUUGAGGUGCUGUUGCCUCGUGUGCUGAAGGCAGCAGCAAACAGCAUCAGCAGCAGAAGCAUGAGCAGCACUAGUAGGUUUGCUGCUUCUGCUGCUCGCCUGCCCGAGUCCAUGCAAGCCGUUGUUAAGGAAGAGACAGCUGCGCAGGAGGCCAUGGGCUCCUCAGCGGAAAGCCCCAAUGAGCCCCCUUGGAUGCGCAUGCAACGCGCGUGCAAAGAGCAGCGAGCGGGGCUGCAGCAGUUGCAUGAGGGGUUGGCUGCCUUACCCGCUGAAAGGAAGCAGGAGGCCCCUGCUAAGGGCACAGGGGGGAACCCCAAUAGCCCCCUCUCCCUCGUAGGGGCCCUACAACUCCCACAGCAGCAGGAUGCUUCAGGCGAAGCUGCAGCGCCUGCUGUUUCUGCAGCUUCUACUGCUGGUAGCUCGCUAAAGGAGCAAAACCCUUCGGUGCAGUUGCUGACUUCCAUUCUUUCUCUUUCUCGAUUUGUUGAGCAGCAUCGGCUUAUGCGUCCUGCCUUUAAAGCGACACGAGGGCCUGGUAGCCGCAGCAGCAACAGCAGCAAACAGUCCCCAUUAAGUACAGCAACAGGCCAUACUGUCCUCUCCAUGCUGAAAGAUCUGCCACAAAGCGAGCCCGUCAAGAUCUUUGUCAACGCCUUCUCCAGAGAGGCAACUUUUCCUGUUGCUGCUCUUCAAGCUGCUCUAGAGGAAGGUUUGAUUGCGAGUUUAAAUAGCUCAGCAGCAAGUGGUUUACUAGAGACGCCUAUGCAUCAAGCAGCAUUGGCAGCUGGCCUAUACGUGGUGCAGCAGCUGCUGGUCUCUGCUGCUGCUUCUGCAGCAGCAGAACGCGCUGCAGCUGCUGCAUCAGGAGGCCUUAUACAAGACGAAGACGAGAAUUCCCCGUCAGCCGAGGAGAUACAACUGCAGCAGGCUCUCUCCACUCCCAUGACAGAGACAGCUAAGGCUGCAGGCAACCGCCUUUUAGAUAUUGUAUGUAUGGAAGAGGCCCGCGUCAUUGCUGCUGCCUUAGCCCCAUUAGUAGGGUUAGGCGAUAGUCCCCUUUCUUUACAAAAGGAGACGCCUGUGGGCCUGCUGUUAGAGACAGCUCGCAGGCGCAUAUGGCAGAUAGGGGAAGCCCACGGACUAAAGACACAAGAGGCAGAAGAUUUUCUAAAACGCGCGGCUCUGCAGCUGCUAUACAAGGCAGUGCUGCAUGAAGCCCGCAUGCGGGAGGCACGAGCAGCAGAAGCUGAGAAGCUUAGCGGCACCGGUGACGGGGAGAACCCGAAGCUUCCAGCUUGGGCGCCUAGCAGGGGCCUUGCUGCUGCUGCUGCUGCUCUCGGUGUCAAAGACUGGAGACGAUCCAUGCAAGCAGAGACGCAGCAGCUAGCAGAGUUGUUUCAACAUGAAGUUGGGGGAGUCGUAUCGCGGGCCCUUCAGGCGGCAAAGGAGAGCAGCAGCUUAAAAGGUCGUCGCAGUGUAUAUGCAGCUGCAGCAGAAGAAAUAUCAACGCGAAGAAGUAUCUUUAAUUUGUCUUUCUUUGCUGCAGCAAAAAGUAUGAAAGAACAAAUCGAAAAAAGGCUGAUACAAGCAUCAAGUGACGUUGUAGCCCUCGUGCAGGCGGAGGAUAUGCCAGCAGCAGUUGCAGCAUUAGACAGAGUUAUCGAUGGAUUGCUGCUUUUUAGGGUUUUGCUGCAGCAGCACAGCAGCACUUUUUCCUUUCCUUAUCGUGAGGUUAGCGGUGUCUUCAAGAAACUUACACAUGAAGACAGACUCUACCUGGUACCCUAUGUUGUGUUGCUGCAGCUGGAGCUUUUCUAUGCAAGGCCUUCUCCUCCUGAGACAGACAAGAAGGAAAUGCAGUUGCUGAAGGAGUUGCUAAUUGGAGUUUCUUAA